AUGGAAAGUGAACCAAAUCCACCAGUGAGAGCCAAAAAAUUGUGGAAAAUAAUACGGGUAGUCUUCUACAUGUUGAGCAAAGGUAUUUCAAAAAACAAACUAAUGGAUGAUCUUAACACGAUGAUGAAACGUGGUCAGAUCGCUGGAAAAUCCAUGGGCAACCUCAUGAACCACAACUACUCAGCCCUCACUUGCCGCCCAGACGACCCACACCUCUCUUUCAUAUCUCCCCAAGAAUACGAGUUCAGCUUCCGCAACAGCCCCGCCUAUCCCUCCUACCACACGAGGCGAAAGCACCACCACCUCCACAGCCGCCACCACCACCGCCACCUCUACCAUAACGCUGACGUGGUUCAAAAGGUGUUUGAUAUGUUGAACAGUGAGGUACCGGAGGCAUCUCCAGUAUCAUUACCGGGGUUCGGACGGAGCCCAAUGGUGAGGCAGUUGAGAGUAACAGACUCUCCAUUUUCAGUCAAAGGUACGGAGGAUCAUGCUAGUUGUGAUCAAAUAAACAAGGCAGCUGAAGACUUCAUUAACAAGUUCUAUAAGGAAUUGAAGCAACAAAAGAAAAUGGCUGCACUACAAUCACCCUCACCUUACCACCUGUGGGCCGGAUGA